UGUCGGCCGCGCAGCCGCUCCGUGCUCCUCGGGCCUCCAUAGGCCAGGGACCAGCCCCGGGCCGCGGUCCCGCGCCGCCGCGAGCGAGCGUGCGAGCCACGCGAGGCCCGGCCCUGCCGGAGCCGCCCUGCGCCCGCCCGAGGCGCGGCUGCUCGCUAGCUCGCUCGCUCGCUCGCGCGCGCCCGUCCACCCUCCCGCCCGCCCGCCCGCCUCUCCUAGGCGGUGCGAGGAAUGAGCCGGCGCCGGCCCCGGGCUGUCGGUCCGAGGGCCGCGGCCCGGCUACCUCGCACGCCGCCAAGGCGCUGGGGCUCGGCUGCCGCGGCUGGGCUCGGCCGGGAAGCGGGCGGCGGGGCUAGUUGAGGAGGAGGAGGAGGAGGAGGACGAGGAGGAGGAGCCGGGUGGGGGCGGCCGCUCGGCUGAGGAGGAAGUUCCGCUCCUGACAGAGCGCGCGGCGGCGCGGGCGCUGAGGUGUUCGGGACGCCGUCGCCCUCGCGGCCUCGGCCGAGGGUCGCCGCUGCCACGCCGGGCGCCGCCGCUUGGAAGCCGCCGGAGGCUGAGGAGCGGUGGAGCGGAAGCUCCGGAGGAGAGCGAGUGGAACCGACCUGCUGUAACUCGUCGUCUCGCCGGGCGCCUCCCGGGGCGGGCGGGCAGCCGCCUCUGAGCAUCGCGCCGGGGCGCGGGCAUGGCAGAACCCACCUUGCAGCUUUUCUGCAGUGUGGCUCGCCCGAUCCACUCUCGGUAAUGAAGAGGAGACUCGCGAUCACCCGGUGAGGCAUUGAGAGCCAAAUGGCGAGAAGAUCUUACGGGACGGAAAUCAACGAUCGCUUGGGAGGUCACCCGGGCUUCUGGAUGUAAUCGGAGAGCAUGAAAGAGGUGGCCUCGUAAAGAAUAAUAAUAAUAAUAAUAACAAAAAGCACAACAAUCCUUUGAGAGGAGGGAAAUUGAGUUUAUCCAUUUUUUUUUUGACCGAGGUUUUGAGAAACGGUUCGAUGUGUUGUACAUUUGAUAUAAGAUGAGAACUUUAUAAAGUAUUCCGUCCAAGAGCCUAAACGAUGACUACCCCUGCGCUGCUGCCCCUGUCUGGUCGUAGGAUACCACCUCUGAACCUGGGGCCGCCCUCCUUCCCACAUCACAGGGCUACCUUGAGACUCUCCGAGAAGUUUAUCCUUCUCCUCAUCCUUAGUGCCUUCAUCACCCUGUGUUUUGGGGCAUUCUUCUUCCUUCCAGACUCUUCAAAACACAAACGCUUUGAUCUGGGCUUAGAAGAUGUGUUAAUUCCUCACGUAGAUGCCGGCAAAGGAGCUAAAAACCCCGGAGUCUUCCUGAUCCAUGGACCCGACGAACACAGACACAGGGAAGAAGAAGAACGUCUGAGAAAUAAGAUUAGAGCUGAUCAUGAGAAAGCCCUGGAAGAAGCAAAAGAAAAAUUAAGAAAGUCAAGAGAGGAAAUCCGGGCAGAAAUUCAGACAGAGAAAAAUAAAGUAGCCCAAGCAAUGAAAACAAAAGAGACCAGGGCACUGCCGCCCGUCCCUGUCCCACAACGCGUAGGAGUCAGCGGUGGGGAUCCAGAAGACAUGGAGAUCAGGAAGAAAAGAGACAAAAUUAAAGAGAUGAUGAAACAUGCCUGGGAUAAUUACAGAACAUAUGGAUGGGGACAUAAUGAGCUCAGGCCCAUUGCAAGGAAAGGGCAUUCCACUAACAUAUUUGGAAGCUCACAGAUGGGUGCCACCAUCGUGGAUGCUUUGGACACCCUUUAUAUCAUGGGGCUUCAUGAGGAAUUCAUGGAUGGGCAGAGAUGGAUCGAAGAAAACCUUGAUUUCAGUGUGAAUUCGGAAGUGUCUGUGUUUGAAGUUAACAUUCGCUUUAUUGGAGGGCUCCUCGCUGCAUAUUACCUGUCAGGAGAGGAAAUAUUCAAGACUAAAGCAGUGCAGUUGGCUGAAAAACUCCUUCCUGCCUUUAACACGCCUACUGGGAUUCCUUGGGCAAUGGUAAACCUGAAAAGUGGAGUAGGUCGAAACUGGGGCUGGGCAUCUGCAGGCAGCAGCAUCCUGGCUGAAUUUGGCACCCUGCACAUGGAGUUUGUGCACCUCAGCUACUUGACCGGUGACCUGACUUACUAUAAUAAGGUCAUGCACAUUCGGAAACUACUACAGAAAAUGGAACGCCCAAAUGGUCUUUAUCCAAAUUAUUUAAACCCAAGAACAGGGCGCUGGGGUCAGUAUCACACAUCAGUUGGUGGUCUGGGAGAUAGUUUUUAUGAAUACUUACUGAAAGCAUGGCUGAUGUCAGAUAAAACAGACCACGAGGCAAGAAGGAUGUAUGACGAUGCUGUUGAGGCUAUAGAAAAACAUCUUAUUAAGAAGUCCCGAGGAGGUCUGGUCUUUAUUGGAGAAUGGAAGAAUGGACACUUGGAAAGGAAGAUGGGUCACUUGGCCUGCUUUGCUGGGGGAAUGUUUGCACUUGGAGCGGAUGGUUCCAGAAAGGAUAAAGCUGGUCACUAUUUAGAACUAGGGGCAGAAAUUGCACGAACAUGUCAUGAGUCAUAUGACAGAACUGCAUUGAAACUAGGUCCUGAGUCAUUCAAGUUUGAUGGUGCAGUGGAAGCAGUAGCUGUGCGGCAAGCUGAAAAGUAUUACAUCCUUCGUCCAGAAGUAAUUGAAACCUAUUGGUAUCUAUGGCGAUUCACCCACGACCCAAGAUACAGGCAGUGGGGCUGGGAAGCAGCACUGGCUAUUGAAAAGUCGUGCAGAGUCAGCGGUGGGUUUUCUGGUGUCAAGGAUGUAUACUCCCUGACCCCUGCGCAUGAUGACGUGCAGCAGAGCUUUUUUCUUGCUGAAACAUUAAAAUACUUGUACCUGCUGUUCUCUGGUGAUGACCUUCUACCUUUAGACCACUGGGUGUUUAACACAGAGGCUCACCCUCUGCCGGUGUUACGUUUAGCCAACACCACUCUUUCAGGUAAUCCUGCUGUUCGAUGAGCACAGCUCCGGAAGGACCAUCCUUACCUGUGUUUUGUUUACAUGGACCACUACAGAAAUUGUCUGGAGAGGCGGCUUUUGAAAACCUGGACCUCUAUGUCAAUAUGCCGGAUGAAACUCUUCCCUGCAAGACUUUUCACUUGUAGAUAUAUCAACUUUGAAAUUAUUCCAUUUUAUACCUGACCAAAACAUGUUCUGGUACACGUAGGACAGAGACCUGAUGUGUUUUGAUUCUUAAUGAGAUGGCCACAUGAGAAACAAUGUCUUAUUCUAUACUGUCAGUGCAAGUCAAGAACAUAGAGCACCUUAUGGGAUCUAGAGAUGGCUUUUGAACCAGUUAUACAUUUAUUUCCUCCCAUAGUGGAGCAGCUUUCAAAUCAAAUAUAAUACAUUGUGUAGCCCCUUUCCUCCAUUUUAAUAAUGGAACAAAUCUGAAUGAACACGAACAGAGGAACAGUGUAACUACAUUGUAGCAAGAAGAUUUGGGAAAGAAACAGAUAUUGUCCUUGUCUGAAUUUUCGAGCUCCUCAUUGGAUUUUUAUUAGACUGGCAACCAUUUCAUUCCCAACCUAGUCAUUGAAAUCUGUUUAGACUUAGUUUUUUCUCUGAGGGGCAUGAUCUCAUGAAGAAUACUUUUCAAGUCUUUGUCUCCAUAUGAUAUGCUGACCCUGGUAUUUAUCAUAACUGCUGCUUAUGAGCCCGAGUGUGGGAGUGUGCAUGUAGCUCACGCUAGCAUUGGGAGCAUGAUGGAAGGAGGGAAAGUGCCAGAUUGUUGCCUUGAAACCUGUUUUAGAGAAAUCCUUGAUUUUGUUGGUAGGAAAUUAUUCUUCUGAACCAGCAACUCUAUCAAGCAAACAUUUUCUGCUUUAAUCUCAUAACACAGUUAAUAGAGUCAUUCACCUUAAACUUCAUGUGGCUUGGUAGAAUUGACUCUACUGCUAUGCAGCUCUGUAUUUGUUAGAAUAUAUAUGCCUAAUCGCUUUUACGAUUUACUAAAGCAAAGGCAAAACACCGCAGUGUCCCUGGGGCAGGGUCAGGUCCUUCACUUGUUACCUCACACGUGUGAGCUGCUCACAAAGACUUUAUGUUUUUAAGUUUCUCCAAGAUAAUUAUACAUCCAAAGAAUUACUAGAAUAGCUUCAAAAUAAUUUUCAGUGGCAGAUGUGUGAUGUAAAGAAUCAUACUCACUAAAACUGACAUAAGCCUAAGGGACUUACAGAUCUUGCAUUGAUUAUUUUUGUUGUUGUUAUUGCUCUAUAUUUUGGCAGAAAAAAAAGGUAAAUUUUUAUCAAGAACUAUAAUAUAAGAUAAAUAGUGAUGUUUAUAAAUUUUUUGUCCCUUGAAUUUCUGUGACAAUUCAAGACACUUUCUCUCUUUCAUUUAGUGCAUACGUCAUCUAUUGAUGACAAUAAAUCUGAGAACACUAUAAUUGAAUAUUUUAUGAAACGCUUUGUUAAUGAACUCUACUGUGGAUUUAUGAAAACUUAUUUCUGUGGUUGGUAGCUUUUCUUUUUAGCCCAGUACUAGUUGAUAGCAGAUUUAAACCGUGGAAAAAAUAUAAUUGGGCAUGUUAUAAGGUGACUGCCCAUCUUACACCGAAAAUCAUUAUCUGAUCCUCAGAGUUCAGCCAGUACUCCAUAAAACUUGCCACCUCAAACUUGUUCAGUACUUGUAAAAGACAACAUAUAGAGAGUGAAUUCUAGCACAUUUCAAAACUGUAAUAUCUUUUCCUACUUGAAAUUUUUAAACUGUAAAUGAGAAAGGUAGAUGGCUAUUACUUUAGAAAAGAAAGAUGAGGUUUUGGUUCUCAGAAAAAAAAAAAGUGAGCUUCCGCAAACAGCACAUGCCCACUCCCAAGUCAAAAGAAAGUGAGAAACUGGAGGUGCCAAAGACCAGCGCAGCAAGCAGGGGACCCUCUGUUCACACUCAUGCAGUAAAGGCGCCAUCUUGGUUCCCCGGGAAUGCUCAAAGGAGACAAGAGUCCCACCCCCACCCAGUGCUCUGUAUUGUUCAUGUCAUCCUAGAGCAGAAGAGAGAAGGCCCAGGUGUGAGCAAGGCAUGGUUCACACAAAGAUCUUAAGACUGUCAUUUGACCGUCCCCACCUUUGUCAUAAGAACUAGACCUUGUAACAGUGCUUUUUCUUUGAAUACCAAAGGCAAUUAAAGUCAGGUACAAAUGAGUUGCCAGUGUCAUGUUUGAUUUUGUUAAUAGAAUUUUUAAAAUAAUUUUUCCCAAAAUUUACCAUUAUCUCAUAUUUUGAUUACUUUUUAAGUGUGUGUUUUCUUCCAUUCUUCAUAUACUUUUGACGUUUGUAAACCUUAGUUCUUUAGACUCCAUAUCAUUGUGCUUAUAAACCCUGAAAAGAACCCAGAAAUGCUCACUAACUGAUGUCUCUCCAAAGAGCUCGUACCUCACCUUCAGCUUUGGGCAGAGUCAUACAGAAUAAAUAAUACAUAAAAGUAGGGGUUAUUGAGCACCUUCUACUUCCAGAUUUAUUGCUCCUUUGAGAAUCACACCUUUUGGUACAAACCUGAGUUUUAGAAAAUUAAUGAACCAAUAUGAAGCUCUUAAAACUAAGAAUGAGCCCUUCACCAAGCAGUCUCAUUGCAGAAAAGCAAGUCCUGAGUUGAAGUUCUUUCUUCCAGGUGGCCUUGCACAUUUUGUGCACCUUUAAUAUCAGCCUAUUCUCAUCGUUCAGCUAGGGUAUAGAUGCGCAGAAAAGCCUGGGUAUUAGAGGAAUGCAUUCUUUUUGCAGAAUAUUGACCUGAUUCCCUAUGGUGUCAUCCAGGACCCCAAGGCUUCCCUUGGCAGGUGUUAAACAAGCAGUCUGAGGUCAUGGUCCUCAGCUUCUCAUCCUUUAUGCUCUUCAUUACCAAAGUGCUUGUCAAAACUCUGAAUUUGGUGGUAAAGAUUGACAAUGCAGUCUCCCCUCUGGCCGGAUUUCUCUGAGCUAGUGCAUUCAUGAGAGAAUGAGUGAAUAAACAGGUACAGAGCAUCGCAUACGUGCCAAGCCUGGUACCACCCCUGGCGAUUCCAGUGGCAUCUUCUGUAUGAGAGUGCUCCAUAGCAUUUUAAAUGUUCUUCAAAAUGAAUCAUGUUUCAAAAUUCUUAAUUUUAUAUUUGAUUUAAAUUAAAAAGGAAGAUAAAAGGUUUAUAAUAUAUUUUAAACACUGUUACUAUAUACUAACAACAAAAAUUGUAGUUAAUAACUAAAGUCUCUUGAAAAAUGUCAAAGAAAUACUUGAUUUCUGCUGCACCUUUGACUAAAAUAUUGACUUUAGAAAUAGACAUUCAUAUUUUGUUAUUACUUUAAUUACAUGAUUAAGAUCAGUACUUCGUGGAAGUCUGCAUGGCUUUAUAUUUUUAAAAAAAUUGUCCCUUAAUUCAUGGGUACACCUUGCAGUUGUAAAUUGUUUUUCUCUAGUACACUUCCUGCUAACGGUAGCACCUGUAUUUCUCGCAUAUAAAGAAAACGUACUAAAGUUUCUCUAACCCCGUUACUAGAGCAGAAUAGAUGUAACUUCAGGUUCCUCCUUUCCUCCGGGCUCUUUAUCCUGGGAUUGGCUGGCUCCUGCCUCAUCUGUUUUUUUGCAUAGCUAUGUAUAUAUAUAUAUAUAUAUAUAUAUAUAUAUAUAUAUAUAUAUAUAUAUAUAUAUAUACAGUUACACACAGAUAUGGAAUACAGUCUGCUCACUGAUAGGCAGGUGAUAAUCGCUGUAGGCCGCACAGCCUUGUCUGCAGAGUAUUUAAGUAAUCAACAUCUGACCAGGAGCUGUUUCAAAUCACUCAUUGUGUUUCAGGGACACUGGGAAGCAUGCCUCUGUUAUUCAGCUCAUCCAUACCCCAUACAAGUAUUCUUUUUGCUCUACAUACAGCCAGCAAGCUUUUCUGUAAAUGGCCAGAGAGUGUUUUAAGGUCUACAAGUCAUGUAGCUCUCUUAUUACUCAUUUCUGCUGCUAUAGCUAUAAGUAAUAUGCAAAUAUGAGUGGAGCUGUAUGCAAUAAACAUUUAAAAAAAAAAAAAAAAAAGACAGAUGGAGACCUGAAUUUGCCCCUUACAUCACAGCUGCAGUCUCCAAUCCUGAAUUUAAUUUAAAACCCUCUAACCUUUAACCUGCAUCUUUUCUCUUUUUUAUUUGCAUAAUUUACUUUAAAGCAGAAAUAUGUGUGUAUGUACACUUGUAUGUAUUUGUGUCACCUAAAACUGUAUAUUUUGCUCUCUUGAAAGUAGAUAUAUUUUUCAGGGUUUUAGGAUAUGAUUGUCAUGAAAGAGGCAGAGUGGGAAGAUAGGCUUUCGGCACCUGUCUCUGUCUUGUUCAGUGUCAUAAUUCCAGAAUGCUUAUGAAAAAAUAAUGUGUAUGGCAUCAGAAUACUUGUUUCUAACUUUACCUGCUGACUAACUCUUGGACCAAGACCUUGGGAUGUAGGAAUGUAUGUACUCUCUUCUCAUAGAGCUUUCAGAUGAGAACAUAGUAGAAUUCUGGAUCUUGGAGCUGCAGAAAACAAUCUUUUGGCAAACUGUGGGCAACACAAAAAGGGUUAUGUGCUCAAUUCACCCCUUGGUACAGCUACUGCUAGUAUGUAGGGUGCUCACUGCUAUCACCCCUAGAGCAGCGUAAGUCUGAGUGAAGGCAUGCCCCCUUCUUGCUUCAUUUCAUGACACUCCACAAUGCUUUCACAAGUAUGUCAGUAUGCAUCACUUUGCAAUCAGAGCAUCCUUCAACCUCAGCUUCAUACUUGCACUGUAUAACAGCCAAUCAGCAGCUGCAGGACUCCUGAAAGGUAAAAGUCCAGAGCAUCAUCUUACUAGCAUAUAUGCUGUGGCAUGCCAGGCCUGAUGGGCAGUAAACUUCCCGUGACGUUUAUCCAGCACUUCACUAUUUUCGGAAAUGAAACCUGUGUUUGGAAUGAUAGGGCAGAGAGAGCUCGUCUCAGCCUUUAUCAUGGCAUAGAUGAACCACCCUGCCUACUCAGAGUUCACUUCUGCUCUGUGUGCACGUGAGCUUUGAUACUCCAGAGACACUCAGAGCAUGCGUGCAGAGUAGCAGGCAGACACCUUCCAGUGACUUGUAUGCUGCAGAAUCCUGCAUAUUGCACACUAGAAAACCGUGAAAAGCAGGGCUCUUGAUUGACAGAAACUUACAAGUUCAUUUUUGCUGGGUUAACUAAAUGCAGUAUCCCUAGUUACAAUUGUUGGUUUAGAAGUUGAAAUGCCAUUCUUUACUCUCACUGGCCUCAAAUUCGCUGAUAAUUUUUCCCUAAACUAAUAAGUGGGUAAGUAUAACCUAUGUUGUUACCCACUGGCUGCUCCUAAACUGGUUUCCAGUCAUGUCCUCCAUAAUGUGAUUUUUUUUAUAAAUCAAAGGUAAUAUUGUAUAUUGAAGAUAAAUAAAGAUGUUCUUUAAGUGAAAA